GUCUCCUGUUUCUCUCACUCCCUCCACAGUUGUCGGCCAUCAUUAAUGUUUAUGUGUGUUUAUGCAUCAAACUUAGUAGUGACGUUUACUGUCAGUGUAUCUCUCAUUAUUAAUUAUAAAUAAUACUAAUAAUAACUCUCUUAAAUUAAUUAUACAAUUAAUUAAUUAAUAAUAUCUGUUAUUAUUAAUUAUAACCUAAAAAUAUUCAACACGUGUCAGGGGUCCCUACCAACAACGACUUUUGUGUUGUUGUAAGUAUAUUUAUUUUUAUACUCAAAUUGUUGUUAAUAACAAUAUAAUUACGAUGUUUUUCAUUCUUAAGUAAUUUUGUUAGUUCUAAUUAUGUGUAUUUUGUACAGCGAACAAUGCCACGAAAACGCAAAGGCGCUGAUUUGAGCCGUAAUACAAGUAAAACCAGAAGCAAGAGAAAUUUAAGAUCCGAAAGAUCUGAAGAAGAAAUCCGUUGAAGCAUCGCAUUGGCCGUUGCAUCGUCAGGCAUUGCUGCAACUUUAUUGGAUGGAGGCAGAACAGCUCAUUCAAUAUUUAAACUGCCAUUAAAUAUUCAAAAUAACCCUGACGGAGUGUGCAACAUAAAAAAUCGUCCAUGGCCACCGUGCUGAAACAAUGUAAAAUUAUCAUCUGGGAUGAAUGUACUAUGGCGCACAAACAUUCACUUGAGGCGUUGAACAGGACGUUAAAAGAUAUCAAAAACAACGACAAACUAUUUGGCGGCACUCUGUUAGUCCUUUCAGGUGAUUUCAGGCAAACACUUCCUGUCAUUCCACGUUCAACAUACGCUGAUGAGAUUAAUGCUUGCUUAAAAUCAUCUACACUGUGGCGUAAUGUUGAAAAAGUACAGCUGAAAGUAAAUAUGCGCGUUCAAAUGCUUCAAGAUCCAUCCGCUGAAACAUUCUCAAAACAACUUCUAGAUAUCGGUGAUGGAAAAGUAACUAUAGAUGAGACUGGAUGCGUAAAAUUACCGACAGAUUUUUGCACAAUCGUUGACUCACAAGACACUCUCAUUAAUAAAAUAUUUCCCGAUGUACACAUACAGUACUUAAAUCAUGAGUGGCUUGCAGAAAGAGCAAUUUUAGCGGCAAAAAAUGUAGACGUUGACAAUUUGAAUCUGAAGUUACAACAGUUAUUGCCAGGGAACUUGGAAUCAUAUAAAUCUAUUGACACAGUUUGCGAUGCGAGCGAAUCUGUAAAUUUUCCGACAGAGUUUUUGAACUCACUGGAUUUGCCAGGUGUGCCACCGCAUAAUUUACAAUUAAAGGUUGGAUCUCCGAUUAUCUUGCUUCGCAAUUUGAACCCGCCACGGCUGUGCAACGGUACGCGAUUGGUCAUUCGAAAAUUAAUGAAGAACGUCAUCGAAGCUAGCAUUUUAAGUGGAAAGUUCCGAGGUGAAAACAUAUUAAUACCACGGAUUCCUAUAAUACCUACGGAUGUGCCAAUUCAAUUAAAACGUGUUCAGCUUCCAGUUCGAUUGGCAUUUGCCAUGACCAUCAAUAAAUCCCAAGGCCAAACGAUGUCGGUUUGUGGUUUAGAUUUAAGCACGCCAUGUUUUUCACACGGACAAUUAUACGUAGCAUGCUCACGAGUGGGUAAACCAUCAAGUUUGUUUGUGUUAGCUAAAGAUGGGCUAACAAAAAAUAUUGUUCACGCUGUAGCAUUAAGAGACUGAUAUUUUUUGAUAGUGUUACCGUUCUUAUCGAAUAAUGAUACGUAUAUAUAUAUUACAGAAAUAAAUUAUGAUGAAUUAUUAAUAAAUAUAGUGCUUGGCGUUUGUUAUUUCUAUAUUCCCUUAUCGUUCACAGCAUUACACACCUAUUUCGUGCAUAUACCACAUCCUUACACACUUUAAAAUAGGUUAGUUAUUUUCUGUCGGCACUAGAAAGUACAUAGAAAUUGUUUAUAUGGCAAAACAACGUUUGCCGGGUCAGCUAGUACUUAUAUAAAGACAAUAUAAUUCACGCGACAUAUAUCGACGCACACAUUAGAACAAGCGCGGUUGUCACUAGCACAUGCUUGACUGUCUUCGACACAGCUUUGUAUAUUUACGUAACCAUUUGCACAUACUGACUAGGUAAGUCUCAAUGCGCCCAAAUGCGGGCACGACUUCUGAGACAUGAAACAUUUCACACAUCCAUACAUUGUGUUUGUAUUUAUACUCCUUUAUGGAGAAAUACUACCGACUGCAGUAUUUUGGAACUUUAGCUGCUAACAGCUGAUCAUGCGAAAGCACGCGCAAAAUAUUUUUCUAGAUAUAGACAUUUACAAGCUUCUCUUUUAUUUAACCCGUUGAUGAGAUGCUAACCAAUAAAGUUUCUUGACGGUUGUCUUCAAUACAACACCCACGAAUCGUUUAAUGUAAACACGAAGGAAACAUUUUGUAAGCAGCAGUCGGGAAAUACUCCAUAGUGUGGUCUAAUGCCAUGCAACAUGUACAUUGUAUAUAGCGGACCAAUAGCUGCGUUAUACUGUCGCGUAGAACGAUACAUAGUACAUCAAGUAGAGACAUUGUUGUCUGGUUGAGAAAUCGCUUACAGAACGAUCUGGAUCUGGAACGAUUGGAUGUAUACAGAGUACAAUAUAGUUUCUUGACGGUUGUCUUCGAUACAAGACUGAUAAAUACUUCUUAUUAUGUAAACACAGAAUGCAUGUGUGCCUUACCUUAAGGCAUUUGGAGACAUUUACAAUUUCAAUAUUGAUUUAGAACAAUCGAUGUGAAUAUUAUCGAGCGCCUAAAUGUACAGAUACAGAUCCCUCCAUAGACAAGGAAUGUUUCAAUAUUUAAUCCUAAAUUCUUUAUCCAAUAGAUAAUCAGAUUGUAGUUCCACAUAGGACGACACUUUAAUAACAUUUAAAGUGCGGUGACAGUACACAUCGCCUCCUGUGUGGAGUCAAAUGUUAAUACAUUCAUAUUGGAAUACAAACGAUUCAAUGUGA